AUGGAUAGGGUCUUAGCAUGGAAUGUCCGGGGAGUCAAUAAUCCUAAAAAGCAACAGGAGGUUAAAGCUUUCCUCCAUAAACAUGUUGUGGGAUUGGUUGGCUUGCUGGAAACAAAGGUGAAGGCUAUUCAUCUUGGUGAUUUGUAUCAUAAAGUGUUUCAGGGGUGGUGCUUCUCUUCAAAUACAAGCUAUCAUCCAGGGGGUAGAAUAGUUUUAGCAUGGAAGCCUGGAAUAUUCCAUGUAAAUAUCAUUAAAGCAACAAGCCAGCUCAUGCACUGUUUUAUUGAACCAAUGAGCAAAGUGCAUAGUUUCUAUUGCACUUUUGUCUAUGCCUUUAAUCAAUGUGGGGAGAGAGAAGUUUUGUGGAAUGACUUAGCUCAGCUACAUACUACUGGCCCAUGGUUAAUCAUGGGUGAUUUCAAUUGUGUGAGAUAUCCUAAUGAAAGGAUUGGUGCUGUUGUUAGGGCUCAGGAGAUGAUGCCUAUGAAUAAUUGGUGUGCUGGUUGUGGUUUAGAUGAUUUGAAAAGCUCAGGGUGUUUCUUCACCUGGAACAAUAAGCAGCAGGGAUAUAAUAGAGUGUUUUCUAAUAUAGAUAGAGCACUUAGUAAUAUGGCUUGGCAAGAGAUUUUUCCAACAGCAGAAGUAACCUUCAUGCCUGAAGGUGAUUUUGAUCACUCACCUUCUUUAUUGACUGUCUAUCCUAGAAGUGAUAGUGGUAAAAAACCUUUUAAGUACUAUACUAUGUGGAGGCAUUCUCCCCAAUAUGAUAGUACAGUAAGGGAUCAGUGGAAUAAAAGAGUUGAAGGAACAAAGAUGUUUGUUGUGGUUCAGAAGUUGAAGAUGGUCAAAGCUGCUCUGAAGAACUUAAAUAAGAUAGGGUUUCAUGAUGUCCAGGUUGAUAAUAGCAUAGCAUACCAUGCAAUGAUAGAUGCACAAAAGGAAAUGCACAAUCAUCUAGGUCAGAUUGCAUAUUCAGAGGCUGAGCAGCUAGCAACUAGGCAAUAUCAAGUCAAGCAUCAAAUUUAUACAGAAUACCUUAAACAAAAGGCAAAACUUGAAUGGAUCAAGCAUGGAGAUGAAAACACAGCUGUUUUUCAUCAAAGUAUUAGAGCUAGAAGAAUUCAGAAUCAGCUCUAUACUAUUACUGAUGCUCAUGGUGUGUGGAAAGAUAAUGCACAAGGGGUGGAAGUGGCUUUCAUUGAUUAUUAUCAAAAGCUGCUGGGUACUAAUCAUGUUAAUAGGAGACAUGUGUUCCAGGAAAUUGUUCAGACUGGCCCUAUGAUCACUGAUGAGCAUAGAAGGGUCAUGAAUGCUCCUUAUAUAGCAGAGGAAGUGAAGGUUGCUAUGUUCUCUAUCUCUGGCAAUAAAGCACCUGGGCCAGAUGGAUUUGGGGCCCAUUUUUACAGAGAUAAUUGGGAGUUAGUGGGUAAUGAAGUAAAUAUCUGUUAUUGCAAACUUUCAAACUUUUCUCUGACACAUCUGGAUUGA